CCACAAGCUUUCCAACGUCGAUCACAGCUCCGGUUAACUUCGAUUCACAGAGCUGUUGCAAUGGAUGAGAAACCUAGGGUUCUUCAGCCGUUCUUCACUCUCCUCUCUCUGUGUUUUUGGUUGCUUAUCUCAUGGGUAAUAGGUGAAGAAACGCUUGGUUUCCAUAAGAAGCUGGCAGGGACUUAUUUGCCCGACUUUGGCAUCCAUUAGAGGGUCAACACCUCUCACUCUCCAUCUCUCUCACUGGCUCACCUUGAUCUCCUCACCCACCGCCCAAUUUGGCCCACUUUUUUCUUUUUAUUUUGGGGCCAAAAGAGAAGCUUGUCCAAAGAAUUUCAUUUUUCUUUCCCCUAGAGCCUGGGCAUAGGCCCAAGCUCGCCAGGCGGUGAAUCCGGUCAGUCCCUCUCUUCUGCCCAUUGAUGCUGCAAACCUUCAACUGGUUUUGAAUAAAUCCUUCAUUCAAAUCGAUUGUAUUCUGCUAAUUCUUUCUUUCUUCCAUUCAUUCAAACUCAAUUCCUAUUUCAAUCAGAAGCAGCAGCAUGCAACAAAAGCAUAAGCUGCUCAUACUCUAUGCAACCCAAACCGGCAAUGCAUUGGACGCAGCUGAACGUCUUGCUCGCGAGGCCGAACGAAGAGCCUGCCCCGUCAACCUUCUCUCUGUCGAUCGAUAUGAUCCUAGUUUGUUACCACAAGAGGAGGCUGUGAUUUUUGUGGUUUCUACCACUGGCCAGGGUGAUGCACCUGAUUCCAUGAAGGUGUUUUGGAGGUAUCUUCUUCAGAGGAACCUAAGCCAGCACUGGCUGGAAGGGGUUCGUUAUGCUGUUUUCGGCUUGGGAGAUUCUGGUUACCAGAAGUACAACUUUGUUGCCAAGAAGCUGGAUAAAAGAUUAAUGGACCUUGGAGGAACGGCUAUCCUUGAAAGAGGCUUGGGAGAUGAUCAGCACCCUUCAGGCUAUGAAGGCUCUCUUGAUCCUUGGAUGUCUUCUCUGUGGAGAAUGUUAAAUAUGACUAAACCAGAAUUCUUACCACAUGGCCCAGAUGUUGUGAUUGAAGAUACAGUAUUGAUUGACCGACCAAAAGUCCAAAUCACAUAUCACAACAUUGAAAAUGUUGAGCUUGGGUCACAUUUUUCUACUGCCUCAGAUGUAACAUGUCUUGAUGCUCAAAUUGGGAGUGCUCGUUCAAUGCAUCCUGGAAUAUCAUCUUCCCACAAAAGGCCUGGCUGCUUUCUUAAGAUGGUGAAGAAUCUUCCUUUGACCAAAUCAAACUAUGGAAAAGAUGUUCGUCAUUUUGAAUUUGAAUUUAUUUCAGAUGCUUUUGAAUAUGACACUGGUGAUGUCCUUGAAAUUCUCCCUGGUCAAGAUUCAGUUGCAGUUGAUACUUUCAUACAACGUUGUAAUUUGGAUCCUGAUUCAUUCAUAAGUGUUGGUCCUAGAGAAAUGGAUGAUCGCAAUGCAAAUGGCUCUAGUACCCCUUUAAAAUUAAGAACUUUUGUGGAAUACACUAUGGAUGUAGCUUCUGCUUCCCCUCGGCGGUAUUUCUUUGAGGUUAUGAGCUUUUUUGCAACAGCUGAACAUGAAAGGGAAAGACUUAAGUAUUUUGCUUCAGCUGAAGGAAGAGAUGACAUGUAUCAAUACAACCAGAAGGAAAGGAGAACUGUUCUUGAGGUGUUGGAGGAUUUUCCUUCUGUACAAAUGCCAUUUGAGUGGCUAGUCCAACUAGUUCCUCCACUGAAAACAAGAGCCUUUUCGAUAUCUUCUUCUCAAUUAGCUCACCCUAAUCAAGUACACUUGACUGUGAAUGUGGUGUCCUGGACAACGCCUUACAAGAGGAAAAAGAAAGGGCUGUGUUCCUCAUGGCUAGCUGCAUUAGAUCCUCGUGAUGCCGUCUACAUUCCAGUCUGGUUCCUCAAAGGUUCCCUUCCAACACCAUCACCAUCACUUCCCCUCAUACUCGUUGGACCAGGGACGGGAUGCGCACCUUUUCGGGGAUUUUUAGAGGAAAGAGCAGUGCAAAGUAAAACUCAUUCUACUGCUCCAGUUAUUUUCUUCUUUGGCUGUAGGAAUGAAGAUGGUGACUUUCUGUACAGAGACCUUUGGUUGACCCAUUCACACAACAAUGGGGUGCUUUCAGAAGCAAAGGGUGGUGGUUUCUAUGUUGCUUUCUCAAGGGACCAGCCUCAGAAGGUUUAUGUUCAACAUAAGAUGAGGGAACACAGCCAAAGGAUCUGGAACCUGUUAGCUCAGGGGGCUGCUGUUUAUAUAGCAGGUUCUUCAACCAAAAUGCCUGCAGAUGUAACAUCAGCUUUUGAGGAAAUUAUAUCUAAAGAAAAUGAGGUUUCAAAGGAGGAUGCAGUUAGGUGGAUUAGAGCAUUGGAAAAGAGUGGUAAAUAUCAUGUUGAGGCAUGGUCUUAGAAGUCUUGAACUCCAGAUUUAUUUGAUGCAAAAAAGUGCAAGAUGAUCCAGUAUUACAGUUUGUCAAGGUCUAAUAUGCUUAACAUGAAUCAUAUUAUAGCAAAUAAUAGGAAACUUCCCUUGAUUUUAGUGCUAUUUGUAUUCCUCCUCCUAUCUGUCCAAACCUUAGAUCUCAGAGACUACAGUUUCAAAAUUACUUCCAUUGAGUAUUUAUUUCUUAAAAUGAUUGUUAUAACA